ACGUAUUGCCGACAAAUUGUGUCCGGGGGACACUUUUUGUAGGGGGACACUAUCGUUACACACUGGUAUUGCUUUUCAGGCGUGCGCACGCUAGCGUGACGCCAGGGAAUUCCCCAUGGAUUGAUUUCUACUUUGAAUUCCCUACUUGUCGCAUUCGCAUACGUAAGUCAGUCCGCAGUGUGCUGAACGUCAUCGCCUUUUUGCUGAUAGAGAAAAAAUCCAUCCGUUUGAGCGUUAAAGACAACAAGAAGAAGGACGCUCUAGAAUUGUCGGUGGGACCCUAUUGGAGGAAACAUUGGCUGUUAUUGAUUAGGACGCAAUGGACGGUGAAGAACUGCAACGCAGUCUUAAAGAGGCUGUUACAACUCUAAAAGGGGAACUGGACAGCCAGACGUUUGUCUCAACAAUACAAGAGAUGGCGAGUCUCUGCCAAGGGGUAGUGCAACAUCGAGGCGAUAGAUCUAGGCAAAGCGUUUCAAAAGCAAGCAUACCACUUGUAGUAGCCAGCGAGUCAGCUAAAGUGAUGCUGUAUCUAGCAGGCUUUGUAGAAACAGACGAUAACAUGAGUCUAUCUGAUGAUGUUAAUCUUGCCCGUAUGGAAAUGCUACUGGACAUUCUUCAGCAGACUUUAAAGAGAGCUAGUACCCUGUCGCAGAUGGCAAAUACUGGGACAAAAAUUGAAGCUCGAGUGAGGACGUACAACUCUUCUGAGUCUGUGGAAUCAGGUGAUCCAUUGACAGUGGUGGCCCACUUGUCGUAUCACUACUUUAUGCGAUGGUUUCUUAUCUCAACAAAUGUGAAUCCAACAAUGGUUGUGUCAUUUAAUAGCCAAAUUCGUGUUAGUAUGGAAGGCAUUGAGAUGGCAACAAGGACUCUUGAUAUUAUGAAGCCUGGUUCAGCUGCACAUGCUACAUGGACAGCCUUGAAGCAGGAUGUCUUACACCAGUUGCAGGAGGCACAAAACAUGACUGGGAUGCAGCAGAAGGCUGAUCUGAUAAAUGAGAUGCUUACUUGUGCUAGUGAGAUUCUUGAAGAACUGAAGCGAAAUUCACCUCCAGUUUGUGUGACCAUGUUUUUCUACAUGCACCUUACAAAGAUGAUUAUGAUGGUCACAACUGCUGGUCAUAUGGUAAGUCGUGAAGAUGCCAAUAGGUACAUCCAGACAUCAUUUGAUCUGCCAACGACUCGCUUCUCGAAAGAAUACGUUGAUUCCAUUGACAAAGUUCGUAAUUUUUGUCUCAGGAUGCAGGAGAAAGAGCUUGCAUCAGAUGAGCUUGCGCAGUUGUGUGAAAUUGUCACUUGGCAGUCUAAUGAAUUUCUUGAGCAUUUUAAGUCCUUAGCUGAACCAAGUUCAGAAUCUGGACUACCACGGUGUCGUUAUGCUUCUCUUUCCACCAUGAGUAGUCAGCUGUCUGGGGUCUUGACAGGAAGCAGUUCAAAAUCUAGUAGUUCUGAUGCUGGUGGUCUCACUUUCAGCUCAUUUCCAGGUGUCGGGCAUACUACUGGUACUCAACAGGGUACUCAAGCAUUAGAUCAAGUGCAUGGUCAAGAUUUGCAAAUGCCGACGAAGAAGCGAGGAGCCUUGCCAUUAGAAGAUGCAAAUCAUAUGCAGGCUAUGGUGUUUGAUAACAAGGGUGGCCAUAGACUUGGAGAAGACAGCACAUCAGAACUUGGCCCUACAAAGAAUCGACCUCAGUAUCAAUCAGUUCUUUAUGAUUCUGAGGAAGAUGCAGCUCUUGACAAAGAACUGUAUGACAACAGUGAUGAAGACUUGGACAUAACUGAAAAGGAGGACUGUGAAACAGAGAAAGAGAAGAAGUUCCAGGCUGAUGAAAAAGCAACGGAGGAUUUGAGCUGUUCUGUGGAACAUACAAAACCAGUGGUUACUACAUCCCAGCAAUCAUUACAAAUGAACCAAUCAGAGCAAGGACAUAUGUCUAUUCAACCAUUACAGCAGAGACUUGAAGGUGACCUGCAGUCCUCACGUCAACACCAAGCACAACUUCAAUAUCAUCAACAAGCCCUGGUGCAGCCUGAUCAGCAGAAACACUCAAUUUCUCAACAGUCACCUUUAGUUGAAGAGCAAGAAAGUGCAGAAACACAUCAAUGCUCAGAAAAGGGACAGCCAAAACAAAAAGAGCUGACUAAAGCAGCACAGGCAGCAAUGGCAAGACAUGAAAGGAUGAAGCAACAGCAGCAGCAGCAGCAGCAGCAAGUACGGCAGGAUGCAUCUACUCCUUCAAGCAAACAACAAACUAAGUUACCAGGAAGCCAGCGACACAAGUCUGUAGUGCAGUUGAAGUCAUCAGUUCAGAGCUCUGGAAGAUCAGCUGAUUCUACUGAUAAUCAUCAAGUUAAAACAUCCAGUGAAACUUCACUGUCAGAAUCUGCAUCUGGAAGUAGCUCUCAAAGCUCAAGCAGAAGUGCUAAUCAGAAUCCUACAACACAAUCAUCUUUGCACCAGACAGUUCAGAAAACACCAACUGAUGCAGCAGGCACUACCUUCUCUGUUACACCACUAGGCCCACAACAAAGUGCUACACACGGUAGUCAACUACGGUCUCAGACACCAAACAGUCAGCCAUCUAUCAGAAAAGAAACUCAACCUAUUGAUGCACAAAGCCUACCAACACAGGGUCCUGUACAUAAACCAGACAUAGAUGGUGUAAUUGCAAUGCCUUCUGUCACUGCAAUAUCAACUCCAGUAGUGAAGCCUUCUGCACAACCUGCCGUAGGUCAACCACACGUUGAAAAGUCACAGCCUUUCUCAUCUGUCAAUCGGUCACCAUCUGCUGCUUCCACCUCAUGUAAAAGUAAUGGUCAGGGCCUUGGAGUCACAUCACCAGAUAGUACAGCCACUUCUUUGACAAGUAAGUCACAAAGGGUGUCAAAUCCUGCAACCUCUAGCUCUGUAUUAGGAGAUCGUCCUUAUGUCACGAAAGCAAAUCGUUGUCCACCACAAGCUAGUGAGUCAGACCCAUCAGCCAUUCCCGAUCAGUUUCGAAGUAUGUCUAUGUCUCGACUGCCUCAGCUGCUUGAAUCUAUGAAGACUGAUACUGAUGCUGAAGAAGGUUUGAAAAUUAUUGAAAAACUGGUAGAGUCAAAGGAGGAGUCUUUAUCUGUCAAAGAGAAAGAACAGAAGGUGCUACAGGAGCAUUUGAGCAAGUGGGAAGCUCCAGUAGUUGCCAAUACCUUACAGAAAUCUCUUGAUCAGAAGUGUGAAGAGGUCCAAUGGCUUAAGGAGGACCUAGACAGACUUGCUGCAGCAAAGGCUAGGGCAAAUGAUAUUAUACAUAGUGCAAGGGAAGUUGAGCUGACCGAACUUGAUCCUGAAUUUUUGUAUGGCAUUCUGGAAUCAUUUCUCAAACGGAUUGAGAACGAUCAUGACACAAUGGUGAAAGUGCUUAAAGCCUGGCUUGACUAUGCCCCUCGGCAAGUGCUUGUUGAAAUAUGCGACUUGUUAGAGAUUGAAAGAGAGGGAGAUGAUCCAAAAGUUUGGGUUCAGAAGAUUAGGGAGCGAGAGCAAGAGGUGGAGGAAGGCGAAUUAGCUGACUAAACUAGUAAGGCUCUUUUGGCUGCCAUGUUUGUGUUGUUUCAUUAAUGGCAUAUUUGCUCCAUGCAUGAAUGUCACGUUAUUGUGAUUGAGACUAUUGAGACAAUUCACAUUCUGUGAGCAUUAUCUUUAUACAGUAGUAGCAUAUAGUAGCCUGUUACUGUUAUGUCUCAGGAUUUCUAAUGGCUGAUGUUGAUGUGGCUUUUCUU